CUUUUGUAAAAUUCCACAUCCUGUUGCAUUGUUUACAAGAUGGAGUGAAAAUAGGAAUGAUUUCAUUGAAUUGAUAUAAAUACGAUAAGAAAAGAGCUGCAAGACCAAAUCUCUGACAGAAUAAUGGUGAUAACAUGAGAUAGUUUGUAAACAAAACUAUUGACCAUGGAUAGGUAUGAAAUUGUUAACAAGCUGGGGGCAGGAGGUUGUGGUGCAGUCUUCUUAGCCCGUAGCAACGAAACCAAAAAGUAUUGUGCACUAAAGAAGGUUGAAUUAGAUGAAUCAAGGAAGAACAGAACAAGGGAAGCUGUGCAGAAAGAAGCUAGAAUUUUGGAGAAGUUGAAGCACCCACACAUUGUGUCAUAUCAUGAAUCAUUUUUUGAUGAUGAUGAAUAUUUUUUGUAUAUAGUGCAGGAUUUUUGUGAUGGAGGUAAUUUAGAUGAAAAAAUUACGGCAGCUACAAAUAAAAAGAAUCAUUUUGAAGAAAAACAGAUUAUGAAUUGGUUUGUGCAAAUUUUAAUGGCAGUCCAAUACAUACAUUCCAACAAGAUCCUACACAGAGAUUUGAAAACAGAAAAUGUGUUUCUCACAAAGAAAAACCUGGUUAAACUAGGUGACUUUGGGAUUUCCAAAGUCUUGGAUAAUACAAUAGAUGUAGCAAAGACAGUGGUAGGAACUCCAUCAUAUCUCAGUCCAGAACUCUGCCAGGAUAUCCCUUACAGCUCCAAGUCUGAUAUCUGGGCACUGGGUUGUGUUUUAUAUGAGAUGUGUGCAUUACAACCCCCAUUUGAUGGGCAGAAUCUGGUCAGCCUGCUGUUCAAAAUCAUCAAAGCAGAAUAUCAGCCUAUUCCGUCCCAUUACUCUGAUUCUCUGCAUGAGCUUGUCACAGCCAUUCUUCAGAAGACACCAGAGGACAGACCAAGCGCCAGUGCCAUUCUCAACAUGCCCUAUGUUAAGCAACAUCUGGCAGACUUUAUCCAGGAGAAAGAAAAUUUACUUCAGUUAAAAACCAACAAGGAAAAUUCCAGAUCUUCUCCAUACCUCAGUGUCUCGGAUCAGUCUAGGAGUAAGGGAAAUAGUGCCAACAGUUCUGUGUCUGCGAGUCCAGCCGUAAACAGAAAGCAGGGGUCUCCAGAGAAAGCUGUGAAACAUGCACACCAAAACAACAGUGGUCUAGUUAUGAAUGAUUCAAAUGGGGAAGGAAAGGCUGAAUAUUCCGAUGACUUUGAUUCUUCAGAUGAUGAUGAGAUUCCUGACAAUUGUGAGAAGGCAGCAGACAGCUCAGAUGCAGAGUAUGAUGAUGACUUUGAGGAGUAUGACUCCAGUGAAGAUCUAGAUGAUAUUGUCAAUCAAGCACGUGAAGCUCAAGAACUAGAACCAGUGGAUGUAUUCUUUGCUGAUGACAAAAUCUUACAGAAGCAGUUUCGUCAAACAGCCAUCUUUAACAGACAAUGUGUAGAAAAUUUCGGUGCUAAGAAUUUGAAAGAAGUUGACUGGAUGAUACAGAAUGGGACCAUCACCGAAGAUGAUUUAAAACGUAUUUUGUUCGAGGACCCUGCUUUCCCAGCAGAUGAUAAAUCCUUGUUCUAUAGCUACAGACCUAACAUUGGACCAAUCAUCUGGAAAAGACCUUACGAAAUUGCUGCUCAUCCGAAAUUCACGGCCGACGGCUUCAGUCGCUUUGACUUAUUGCAAGGGAAGCUCGGCAAUUGUUGGCUAGUAGCCGCCUUUUCUUGCCUCACUUUGACACCAAAACUGCUCGGAAGAUGCAUCCCAGAAGACCAAGGCUUCACGCACAAAUACGCGGGAAUAUUUCACUUCCGGUUUUGGAGGUACGGAGAGUGGAUUGAUGUUGUCAUCGACGACCGUCUUCCGACCAUUAAUGGGGAACUAAUUUAUUUGAGAAGUUCAGAUCGGCAAGAAUUCUGGCCAGCACUUUUUGAAAAGGCUUACGCAAAGUGCUAUGGAUCGUACGAGAACACUAGCGGUGGUCUGACUAACUGGGCCCUCCAGGACCUGACGGGUGGCGUCACAGAGAACCACCAGGUGUACGAGAACCCCCGCCUUAUACAGCGUCUCCUGGACGUGUCUAUGACCAACGCCUCCCUCGUCGGUACCUACAUCUCUACUAAUAUGACACAAGGACAGAGGAGGAGAUUGUCAAACGGGUUGGUGACUGGGCAUGCGUACAGUGUUACCGGAUAUGCCCAGAUUCCUGUUAAAAAUGGAAUGAUCAUAUUAAUUCGACUAAGAAAUCCCUGGGGUCAUUUUGAGUGGAACGGAGCUUGGAGCGACGGGUCCCCCCAUUGGGAAGCUUUGAGCGAGGACCUCCGUAAACGACUGAGACCAGACAAGGCUGAUGACGGCGAAUUCUGGAUGUCCUUUGUCGAUUUCUCCAACAUUUUCACUAUGCUGGAGGUGUGUCACCUGAGUCCGGAAUGUUGGAAAUGUGAGCCGUCCAUUCACCACCGGAAGUCGUGGGCGGCCGCCGUGGGGCACCGGGAAUGGCGGAGGGGGUACAACGCGGGAGGGGCAGCCUCUUCACCUCUAUUGUGGCACAACAACCAGUUUUAUCUGGAGGUGCCGUCUCCUUGCUGUGUCGUCAUAGCUCUGAUGCAGAAGUACCGCCUAUGUGGCGACAACAGGCGGUUUCUGUCCUGUGGCUGUCUGAUUUAUCAGGUUACCCCCGGACAGUCCUCAAGAUUGACCGCAAAGUUUUUCAACAGUAACAAACUGUAUGCCACUACAGGGUUUAAGACGGAAAGAGAGAACGUGGGAUUCUUCAAACUUCCCGCCGGAUCUUACGUCAUUCUUCCGGUGACGAGCUACCCUAAUGUAGAGGGAAAAUACCUUAUAAGAAUAUUUACUUCUGGCAAAUGUAGAAUGCGAGAGCUGGAUGACGAAGAUACGAUGUUGUAUAUACCGCCACAAGAGAAGUUUGUUGACUUAGAUGCCAGAUACACGCUGCAUAAACGGUUCUGUGCUCUUACAAAACAGACGAAUCGGUUGGAUGCUGUGGGACUUCAAAAGCUUUUACAGUCGCGCAUGCGCUCCCAGUCCUACUCUUGUUGCUUUCAGGAAACUACCAAUUUCCAAUUUAAACCAAUCCAACUGACUCUGGAGGCUUGCAAAGCGGCAAUUUCAAUAACAAACAUCGAUUUUAGCGGGAAACUUAACUACGACGAAUUCAGCAACUUAAUGUGCAAGAUCAUGAUGUGGCAGAACGUGUUCAACCAGUUUAGUGAUGGAAAAUUAGAAAUGGACACAUUCUGCUUGAGAAAUGCCCUGAAAACUUUAGGCAUCACGGGUAGCAAUAAAACGAUAGAGGCACUAAUUAUACGGUUCUCUCUCGGAGAGGCCUUGACCCUGGAGAGGUUCAUGAACUGUGUGAUCAAGAUCGUCACGGGUCACCAGCUCUACAGACGUCGACUCAAAGAGAGAGCUGCCACCGAUUCGCCCUCAUUACCGGAGGCCGCCAAUAGCCACAAGGAUGUAGGCUCCAGUGUAGAUGAAACUCAAACUAUCAUCGGCAUCGGAAUACUUUGUGAAGUCAUCGCUGACGAGGAGCCAGAUCCCGACUCCUAACAUAGCACAUCCCAGCA